UUCCUGUUCUGCUUCGUUCCGCCUCCAGCAAUUCUCGGCGGUUGGUUGUGUUUCCUCGUCGGAUUGGCUUUCAUUGGAUUACUUACUGCUGUCGUUGGUGAUCUCGCUUCGAUCUUUGGAUGUAUGGUUGGCAUCGGAGACGCAGUUACUGCGAUAACCCUUGUCGCUCUGGGUACGAGUUUACCUGACACUUUCGCCUCGAAGAUCGCUGCGCAAAAUGAUGACACUGCUGAUAAUGCUGUCGGAAACGUGACCGGAUCGAAUUCUGUCAAUGUGUACGUAAGUUCAAUGAUUUCAGGGUGGUUUUUGAUGGCCUGCCUUGAAUCAUACACUCUUCUAUGUGAUGUAAGCCUUCUUCUAGAAUUGCGAGUAACGCACUAG